CCCGAAUCAACGGCAUUGUGGCCGCGUCCCGGAGACUGGCUAUUUCACGACGCAUAGGGCUGAGAACUCUUAUCGAGCCGAAGCCGCCGUUGAGAGCAACAUAGCCGCCAAGUGUAAUGCAGACAGGCAAGCCCCAAUCUUCGAAGCGACAUCGCCCACAUGUGCCCCUAGAACAGAGAAAGAGGGCUGUCAAGGCCUGUGUCCAGUGCCGCACAAGUAAGAAGAAAUGUCGACCGGGUCCCCAAGACCAGUGCACUAGUUGCGUGCGAUCCCGCCAAGCUUGUGUCUUUGAAAGCGACCUUUCGUCAAAUGGCCGAAAGAGCCGCUCUUGUGAGUCCCCGGAUGGGAAGGAUCAUUCUGUUGCUCUAGCCAGCUCGACCCAAUGGGCGAUCAUCGCGAGAGAUGUGUCGAACAAAUUCCACGACAUGUGCCCCGAAAACAGCUUGGAGCCAUAUCAUUUCUCGGCUUUAUCAGAACUCUUCCGUGAGGCUGUCGCCCAGGGCACGCGAGAGUCCUAUUUGAAGGAUGGGACGUCUGACGUCGAGUCCCCGCGUCAGGGGCUGAAUGUCACCGCUGUCGAUGACGAAGCCCUAGUCUCACAGGACAAGUUUUUGGCUGCUCUUUCCGAAGCAAUCUCCCCGGAGGACAUAUCACACGAUAGGACGCAUCCUCAGUCCGAUGAACGUUCUUCGCGCCUCAAUGUUCUCGAGUCUGAUGAUGACUCGAGACUACUUGGUGGAGCCGUAGCCAAGCUUCCACCGUACCAACAAGCCAGGUUCCUCACUGAUAUUUUCUUCACAUAUCUCGAAUCUAACUGGUACUACUUUGACGAACGUUGGUUUCGUGAGUUACUUGAGCAACUCUACCAGGAGGCUUCUCCUGCGUCACAACUUCGAUGCACGACUGUUUGUCUGGUCUUCCUCGUGCUAGCUUUGGGCGGGUCUUUCGUCCAUCUCGACCAGUCCGCUUCUGCCUGCUUAGUUGACCAUGAUACUACCCUGGGGGAGCUACCUGGUGGCAAGUUCUAUGGCGUCGCAAAAGGAUUAAUUCCUGGUGUUCUCGCUGCCAUCUCGGUGGAGAGUGUUCAGUGCUGCAUCCUGAUGGGAUUGUACACCCUUCCGAUGGAGAGUGCUACACACCACUACACCUAUCUGGGUCUUGCUUUGCGUCUCGCAAUUAGCAUGUCCCUUCACCUCAACAAAACAGACAGCCAAAUCACGCCCCAGGCACGCGAACUUCGAAUCAGGGUCUUCUGGACUGCAUAUUGUCUUGAGAGGCGCAUGUCGGUGACGAUGGGUCUACCGACGAUGUUGCAAACGAGAGACAUCACAGUUCCUCUACCCAAGAGGAGACCAGACUUGGAUGAGCUUCAUCCUCAAAAGGUUGAUCGUCUUAUAGCUUUCACAAAACUGACAUUGGUUCUGAACAAAGUCACUGAAGCGAGCCCAGUUGACGAAACUCCGGAGAAGUUUGCAAGGGUGUGUUCGACUCUUGAAGAGUGGAAGCUUUCUCUUCCGGCUCAUUUAGUGGCCCUCGACGACACUUCGUUGCGGGUGACUGCUCACCUGGAUAUCAUGUACCAAAUGAUUUGGAUUUACAUAGGGAGAGGCGCCUCGCUACGACUUGCUCGCCAGCGAUCCAGCCAGACUGAUGGGGUCAGAGGAUCCGACCAGCCCCUGAAUCUUGUGUCACAAAAGCUUUCGGAGAGAUGUACCGAUGCCGCCUACACAAUUAUCGAAUGGAUCGAUCUUUUGAAAAAUCGCAAUCGACUUGCCAAAUUCUCCCACACAGACUUCCACUCGUGCAGCUCAGCUAUUAUCGCUUUGCUCCUGGACGAGGUGCUCGAUCCUCGCAGAAGGUACAGGUCGACAAUUGAACGUGGCAUCGAUGCCCUUCGCUUCAUGGCGAGUGGCAGUCAGCUCGCAAAGGACGCGCUCCAACUGGUUGAGCGCCUUCAGGCCGGUGUGCGAAAAUCCGACGAGCAUAAUGAAAGCAGGUCACAAAGGCAAGAUGGGUCCACAUCGCAGGACUGUUUCAAUCAUGCUGCCGACGGCCUGUCUAUUUCAGUGAACGACACCAUGGAAUAUACUCCCUCCGACUUCGCAACGCUUGACCCAGUGAUAUUCGGCGAGUUGGAACCGUCGUUACUACAAUAUUCCGAUCCAGAUCUGUCCCUCUUUGGAUUCCACGGAUUCUAUUCAACAUUCGAGACAAAUGAUUUCAUGUAAAUGUGGAGCGCGAACAACGAUCCCCUGGGCAUGUCUCGGACUGAUUCCUCUGCUCGUUUGCUUAGGCCGCUACCAGCUGUUGAUCAUGGUGAUCUCUCCUUGCGAAGUGAUGUAAUCUGACAAUGGGGGUGGCACUCGCCUUUGCCUGCUGCAGCAGACCAUUCCUUCGACAGGGCGACUGGGGUAUUCAGUCUAGAAGGUGUCUUUGCAAAGAGAAGGACGAUCGUAUCAAGGUCGGAGGAAGAGAAGUGGGCAAAACGUAUCAGACUUCUUGAUCUAUCUCUAAGACUAUAACCGAGAUGUCGCGGCAAACAGCUUCCGCC